GAGAGCCUCUCCGAACCAACCACCUUUCUUUUUUCACUUUUCCACUCCCCUCGUACCCUCCGCCUCUUCCCUCUCAUCUCUCUACUAGACUUUUACGAUCCCUGCAUGGCGGCCAUCCCAGCAGCUUCGAUCUCUAUUCGCUCUCGCCCUUCUCAGCUGCAAAAGAGCCUGGGAACAUCCAGGAGUUUGGGUUUGAAAUCAGUUUCGCUUUCUGAUUAUGGAAGAAGCUCUCUCUCAUUUACAUCACGACCUCGUUCAAUGCGCCUACGAGUUUCCUGCGCCGCCAAGCCAGAGACCGUGAAGAAGGUGUGUGAUAUAGUAAGGAAACAAUUGGCCGUACCUGAUGACUCCAAAAUUGAUGGCGAGUCAAAAUUUGCGGCCCUAGGAGCUGAUUCUCUCGAUACGGUCGAGAUUGUGAUGGGACUCGAGGAAGAAUUUGGAAUAAGCGUGGAAGAGGAGAGUGCGCAGAGCAUCACAACUGUUCAGGAGGCUGCAGAUCUCAUUGAGAAGCUCAUAGAGAAGAACAAGGCUUAGAAGAAAGAAAUGAAAAUCUAGUCGCAGAGGCAAAAUUUACAACACAUUCCAGCAUGCUCUGGAUAUAUAUUUAGCAUUCUAGUUAUGAUGUCGAUCCUGUUUGUGUCAACUCCGAAGUGAACGUAGUUGUUGUUUUGUCCUUCACUGAUAAAAUGAACCUCUGUUUGCAUCAUGAACUUUCCCUUUUAAAAUUUCGUUUAACGCGUACCUUGUUCUUUCCA